AGUUUCCCGAGAAACCGAGAAAUCCCUGAGAACAGAAAGCGGCCGGUCUCCUCGCCGUAUUUAAGGAAUUGGCAGCUGGGAUUGAAUUACACCCACCUUCAGUUCUUCGUUACAGCCAUCAUCCUCCAGCAUAUUUCUGACUUUUCUUCCCCCUGAAAACGACUUCACUUAAACUCAACACGCACCGGCUAAAGAAAUGUCUCAUUCUAAGCCACUGCUCAUCCCGUGGCUGCGGAACAAGAUUGACAGCGGAAGGUAUCCCGGUGUCCACUGGACAAACCCGGAGCAGACAGAGUUCGCCAUCCCAUGGAAACAUGCUUUAAGACAGGACUCCUCCGACACAGACAUCCUCAUCUUUAAGGCCUGGGCAGAGGUGAGCAAUGGCCGGGCUCAUGGAGAACCCUCAGUCUGGAAGAGGAACUUCCGCAGCGCCCUCCGAGCCAAAGGCUUCAAAAUGGUCUCUGACAACAAGAACGACGCUGCUAACCCCCAUAAAGUGUUUUGCUGGCCGGCUGAGUCACCAUCAGGAGCUACCUCUUCUGCUGGAUCCCAGGACCAAGAUGACCCUGAUUUGUUUGAGGAUUAUCCCCUUCCUACACAAGACAGCCAGGCCAUCCCAAGCUUUGAUGACCAUCUCUAUCUCCCAGAAGACACUGUGUUUUUACAAUCCUCUGCCAGCCAUGAUAUUCUCCAGGAGUGUCUAAUGGGACUGAACAUUGGCCCUGAAACAGAGGGCUUUGAGCCUCCUGCUGAGCAACAACAGCUCCAAAACCCAGCUGUGAUUGGUGGACACGUGUUGCCUGAGCAACAGCAGUAUCCAGUAAUGUUUGAGGGUUCAGUCGGUGAAGCUGGGUUGCCUGAGCAACCGGCACGUCCAAUGGAGGGAGCCAUGGGAGGGGCCUAUGAUGAGCAUCUGGCAGAGCAGUUCCUACAUACAAUGACCCAGACCAGUUUUGGAGAUAAUUUCAAGACUCAAUUCAGGAUAUUAGUGUACUACAGAGGGGUGAUGGUGUCCGAGCAGGAGGUUCAGAAUGAAGUUGGAAUCCGCUUAGUCUACAGGCCCGAACUCAAGGGGACAGUUUUGGAUCACGAGUCAGGCCUGUCCCUGGUCUCUCUGCCAAGCCCUGGACUCAUGCUGGAUCGUACCCAAGCCAAUCUGACCCAACGCAUCCUGGACAAGCUGGGCGAUGGUUUAGACGUGGGGGUGUCAGGCCAUGUGGUCUACGGCCAGCGACGGGGCGAAAUCAAAGCAUUUUGGAGCUUCUCCAAGUUUGACAGGAGCAGGCAGCCGCAAGAGAUUUCUAAACUGGAGCCUCAACCAAUAUACCUCUUCAAGGACUUUGUGCGAGGCAUUUUGGACUUCAUUGAGGGGGGAAAGGGCCCUCCCUGCUCCCUGUUCUUCUGCCUCGGUGAGAAGUGGCCUGACUCAGACAACAGGCCUUGGGAGAAGAAACUCAUCACAGUGGAGGUGGUCCUGACUUCAAUGGAGCUACUGAAGAAUAUGGCGGUUGCAGGCGGCGCCUCCUCCCUGCAGUCUGUGGAGCUGCAGAUGUCCCUCGAAGAGAUGAUGGAGAUGUACUGACACACUUUGCUUAGCCUGAAGAAAGUAAUUGUUUACACUUUUUUGUAAUCUUAACCUUGACAAGAACAUUUUAUUUCAUUUAUUUAUUUAUUUGAUAGGGACAAUGCUCAUUGAUCAACAGACAAAUUACUUGCUGUAAACAAGCCAGUUAGCUACAAGUGCUAGUUUCCAUCUGUUGUCCCCAGCCAGGUUUUAACAGGCACCCUAAAAUACAAAAAGCAAUACAAAUACACUAUAAAUCUAAGAAAUACAGUAGCAAUGUAAUAAAUACAGCAGAAAUUUUAAAACAAUAUGAAUAUACCCGCAAACAGACAAUAUGUUUCUCACCUCAUCUAAUCCUCAGCUUAAUUACAUUCAUGGGUUUAAGUAUUUGGUGUAUGAUUACAAUUGUAAUUGUCCCUAAUCCAAGAUUUAAGAUGUUUUUUAAAAGAAAAGAGAUUAUUACAGUCCCUUAAUUCAUUGGGCAGACUAUUCCCAAAAAUUGUGGCUCUGAUAGAAAAGGUUGUGCUUCCAAUCCUACUUUUUCUAAAUUGAACUAUGCAAUCCCCUCUGGUGGUUGCUCUGGUUACUCUAUUGACCUUAUCUUUCUGUUUUAUAAACUGGCACAGUGGUGGUGGAGCAAGCCCAUGGAGUACCUUAAGACAGGCAUCUGCAAAGUUUUUAAAGUUUUCAAAGCUAAACAUGUUGUGUUUUGUAAUUAUGUGACAAUGAUGAUAGCUAUUACCCUUACGGUCCAAUGUCGUUAAUGCUUGUUUAUAAAGUGACUCCAAUGGUUGUAAUAUUGUUUUAUUGGCUUGCGACCAGCUAGUUAAACAGUAAGAAAAAUGAGCUAACCAAUGAGUGUGUGAGAAACAGCUACCACAUCCAAGGAAGACAGCAGGCGCGCAAAUUACCCACUCCUGACUCGGAGAGGUAGUGACGAAAAAUAACAAUAGAGGACUCUUUCGAAGCCCUGUAAUUGGAAUGAGUACACUUUAAAUCCUUUGACGAGGAUCAAUUGGAGGGCAAGUCUGGUGUCUAUAGAGGAAACUGAAUGAAACUAUGCAUUAAAAUACACAUAAUAUCAGUACAAAUAUACGGGUUCCACACUUUAUUAAAAUAUUAGACCAUAUUGAAACCAGUCCCUUAUUAGGAUCUACUAUCAAUUCAACUCAAACCAGUGUGACCAUAUUCCUGCUCUAUAUUAUUUGGUUUGAAUCCAAAAAAGAAGAAAUUCAAAAAAAGAGCUUUUUAUAGCCUUUCUUGAGAUAAUUUAGUUUUAGAAUGGCUGACUGGGUCUGGCUGAGAACUACACUCUGUAUUCAUGUUUUUCAAUACAUUACAUUACAUUUCAUUUAUUUUCAUUCAUUUACAACAUGUAUAUAUGCACUGUCAAACUUUAGAAAUGUGAAUUUUACAAAAGAAUAUCAAUAAAUUGAAUAAGUGGAUUGGUC